UGAGAGCCGAGCUGUGCUGCUGCUGCUGCUGCAGAGGCGAGCUGGAUGGCGCUGCUGUGAAACCCAAAACAGCGAUUUACUGACUGCUGGGGGACACACGGCACUGGGAGAAACAGAGUCUGGCUGAAUUAAAGAGACAGAACCCCCUCUAUCUCUCUCUCUUCCUCUGUGCGCCAUAUUCACCACGCACCUGCGCAUCCUGUCCUGGAUCCUGGACUGAUGGAGAUCUGAGGAUCACUUCGUGUGCCAGGCUUUUCUGUCCCGUUUGGAGUCACAUGUGCAUGGACGUAAGGUUUGCUCUCCCGAUUGGAUCUAAAACUGCAAAGCCUCCUAUCAGGACUACUUUUAUUUACAAACUGAUUUAGACAUAAGACGCCUAAUUUGAUCUGGAUUCCGUGCUCUCUUACCUGUCGGAGUAACGUGCCUGAAACAUCCCGCUGCUUGGCGCUGGAAGAAUGCUUGAUGUCAAGAUGAAGGAGGCGUGUAGGAUCUGCGGCCGGGAGCUCUGCGGCAACCAGAGGCGAUGGAUCUUCCACCCGGCCUCCAAGCUCAACCUGCAGGUGCUGCUCUCUCACGCCCUGGGCCAGGAGCUGACCCGGGACGGCAGGGGCGAGUUCGCCUGCUCCAAGUGCACCUUCAUGCUGGACCGCAUGUACCGCUUCGACACGGUCAUCGCCCGAGUGGAGGCCCUCUCCAUCGAGAGGCUGCAGCGGCUCCUGCAGGAGAAGCACCGGCUCAAGCAGUGCAUCGGCGGUCUGUACUGGAGGACCAAUCCGGAGGAGGGGGCCGUGCCGUUCACCGGAGCCGGGGAGCGGUCCAGAGAUGGAAUCGUGGAUAUCUCGGGCCUGACCCACGCAAAGUACUGCGCCCUGCUCCAGGAUGAUCUGGUCUACUCUUUGUACGAGUCCUGGGCUGAUGAUGGGCCGGACUGCCAGCAUCAGCACCACCAGCCGGGUUCAGAGGCCGGCUCGCACCACUGUCCCCCCAGCGCUCCCCGGAGGUGUCGAGGAUGCUCCUACUGGCGGGUGGCGGACUCCGACUACGAAGCCGUCUGUAAAGUUCCCAGGAAGCUCGCGAGAAGCACCUCCUGCGGGCCAUCCACCAGGUACUCAGCCAGCGUCAUUGGAGGGAGCGUGGCUGGCGGAGGAGGAGGAGGAGGAGAGGCAGAGAGAAAGAACUUUGACGAUUCAGAGGAGGCCCCCAGCUCGUCUCGUACCCUGGUCCCCGGAUCCCAGGACGUUUCCAAGACCUCGGACAGCGAUCGCACUCUGGCCGGGCGGGCCAGCUCCAGCCCGUCAGUCGCAUCCUUGGAGACGGCCGAAGAACCCGGAGCGAUGGGAGACGGGUCGCUGACCUCCCCCGGGGAAACGAUGGAGGACCACUUCUCCGACUCUCUGUCCGAGGAGCACAUGGGAGCGCCGCUGUCCUCGCCGGGCCCCGGCCUUUCGCUCGCCCUCUGCUUGCUGCAGAGCUACGCGGCCUACCGGCCCGUCCGGCACAGGAGGGGGAGCAAGCUGCCGGUCCUGACCCAGCGCAGCUUCAGGAACGGGGGCCCACGGCUGCGCUUCCCGGACCCUCUCCUCGGCGUGCCUUACGGAGGGGGAGACAACCACAUGCCCGCUCCCGAGCUGGACCCCCCUUUGGUCAGGCUGGAUCUGGAGGAGAAUCACAAUCUGAACUUUGCUGACAUGGAGGAUUUAUUGGAAGAUCUGUACAGAGAAUAUCCUCCCCCACCUCCGCAUCAGAGCCUGGUCGAGGAGCAGCAGAGUCAACUUAACCAGUACGAGUGUGCGGCGGGCCAGUGCGUCAGCGAGCUGCAGAAGGCCCAGCUCCAGGUGCAAUCCCUGCAGGCCAAGAUCCAGGAGAGCGAGGCCAACAAUAUGAAGCUGCAGGAGAAGCUGAACGAGAUGGAGUGCGAGCUGCGUUCGCUGCGGCAGGCGGCUCAGAGCCAGGAAAGGACCAUCCAGGGCCUCACAGAGUCCGUCACCACCAAAGACAGCGAGGCCCAAGAGCUGUACCAUCUGAUCGAAGGCCAAAACAACACUCUGUGUAAGCUGCAAGAACUGGCCCAUCGUAACCAGCUCGCUCAAAGCCAGCCUCCUGCGGGGAUGAGCGAGUCCCUGACGCUUGGCCAGCUGCAGGGCGAGCUGGUCAGAGCGCAGAGCUCUCUGUUCUCUCUGGGUCUGGAGCUGGACGCCAGCCAGAGGAGUUUAAGGCAGAGCCAAAGGCAAGGGGACGACCUGCUGAAAUUCAAGGACAGACUCAACGCUGACCUCCAAGAGGCUCUGCAGCACAGGGAGGUCACCGAAAAACACAACCAGGACCUGCGCGGAGCUCUGCAGAAAACCCGCUCCGAGCUCCAGACCAAAGAGGCGGCUCUGAAGGAGUCCGAGGAGGAGAGGGCGGCAGCGGCGCUGAAGAAAGACCGGAUCAUAGCGCAGCUCCAGCGCUCCCUGCAGGACAAGGAGCAGCAGCUGCAGGAGUACGCCGAGAUGCUGGAGUCGACAAAAAGCUCCAAACCACGAGACGUCCAGCUGGAGAAGCUGAGGGAGCGGAUUAAAGAGAGAGACCGAGCUCUGGAGCGCUCCAUCGACGACAAGUUCAGCUGCCUGGAGGAACGCGAGGGCCAGGUGAGGGCGCUGCAGCUCGCCCUCAGGGAGAAGGAGCGGGACCUGGAGAGGCUGCGCUGCAUCCUUUCCAACAACGAGGAAACCAUCACGAGUUUGGACGCCCUGGUGCGCAGCAAGGAGCUGGAGCUGGAGCAGGCGGCGGAGGCCUACAGGAACCUGCAGUGGCUGAAGCAGAAGAGCGAGGAGAAGGAGAAAACCGCGCUGAGAGAGAAGGACGCCAUCAUCCGCCAGCUGCAGGCGGCCCUGCAGGCGCGCAGCCAGGAGAUGCAGGAUCUAACGACGGCCCUUGCUGCCCGAGCCCAGGCUGCUGGUCCCACUGGGGUUGUGGAGGAGCUGAAGGCCAGACUGGCCCUGAAAGAGAAGCUCUUCCAGGAGCUGCUGUCCGACCGCAGUCGGCAGACGGAUGAACACCAAGCACAGGUCCAGGAUCUGCUCAACACGCUCAGCUCCAAGGACCAGUAUCUGCAGGACUACUCCUACAGGCUUUCCUUAGUGAUCAGUGAGCGCACCAACGAGCAGCAGGAACUUCGCAAACAGCUGACGCAGACGGAGCAGGAGCUGAGAAGGAGCAAGGAGAGGGAGACGGGAGGAGAGACGGAGCACCUACGAAGCCUGCUCAAAGAGAAGGAGGCCUUUAUCAAGGAGCUGAUCCGGGAGCAGGAGGAGGCCGUGCAGGAGGAGAGCGAGGCUGAAGUGAAGGCCCUGAAGGAGGAGAUUCACCUGGUGCUGAGGAAGGAGAAGAAGGCUCAGAAGGAAAUCGCUGAUCUGCGUUCCUCUCUGGCCCAUCGGCAGAUACAGAAUGCAGCGACAGAGGACAACUCUCAUCACAAAUGUGUGCUGGAGCAGCUGGUGUCCGAGUACAACAAGCUGAACGACGCCCUGAGGACCGAGAAGAGGUUAUACCAAAACCUGACGCAGAUUAACAGGAGCGACGGCAGCAGCGCGAUCCAGACCCUUCACACCGAACUGGAUUCCGUUCAGGCACUUCGAGGGCAGCUGGAGGAGGUUCUGUCCAGGACCCGCAGCAUGGCCCUGGCGCUGGAGCGGGCGGCUAAAAGGCAGCCUGACUUUGGAGAGUAUAGCUCGGAGGAGGAGGAGGAGGAGGAAGAGGAGGAGGUACACGAUGAAGAUGGCAGCAGUGAAGAGUUCACUGACAGCAUAGAGGAGGAGGAGGAGGAUGACAGCCUGAACUCCAUUCAGGCCUCGGCCAAGGCUCAAAGAGCUGCCGAUGAGUCUGGACGGCGGGCGGACGGGACGUCACACCAGAUAAAGCAGCUUGAAGACGCUAAGAGGACUCUAGAUGUUCAGCUUGAGGAAGUGCAGUCACAGCUGGAAGAGGACGGCUACACGUCUUUAUCCGAGAUGAGGAGUGCCCUGCAGACAUUGCAGCAGGAGAAUGAGGCUCUGAGAGAAAGCCAGGGGCGGCCCGGAGCAGAGGGGCAGAGGAGGAACUCAGAGAGUGAGCUGAACAGAGAGGAGGAGGAGGAGGGUAGCAGUGCAGAGGAAGAGGACGAAGAGUUUGACUCAUCUCCGGUGGCGACGGGGAAGCGAGGUCCCCCUUGCGUUGGUCCGAGCGUCGAGUCGGGGAAGAGGCAGUGCAUGAGGCCGUGCUCGCUGGACCUGACAUCCAGACAAGCUGAGGCGGCGGCGGAGCCCACUGGUGGAAGGAGUGGCGUGGGAGCGAUCUGGCACGACAUAGAGGAGGGUCUCCGUCAGCAGGCGGCCCGUCUGCGCUCCGAGCUGACGCUGAGCCUCCAGGAGAACAGAGAGCUGAACGAGAGGCUGAUGGUGUCUGAAGCCACUGUCCAGGCUCAGGCUGAGCAGCUCAAGGACUACAGAGACCUUCUAACAGAGACCUCCGUGCAGCAGGCCAGUAAGCAGGUGCAGGUGGACCUUCAGGAUCUGGGCUACGAAACCUGUGGCCGCAGCGAGAACGAGGCCGAGCGAGAAGACGCCAGCAGUCCAGAGUUCGACGACUUGGAGAUGUGCACGUCGCUGUCCCAGCCUCAGGACUGCGAGGGCGGCAGCUGGUACGCCGGGAGCUGCGGCGGCCGCGGAGGAGCCUACGACGACGUGGGGGACGAGUCCGCAUCGCUCCACCGUCUGGUCGAGGAUCUGCGCUCUCAGCUGAGCCGCUGCCACAAGGUGAUCCGCGGACUGCAGCUGCGGGUCCGCUCGCUGUCCGCCACGAGCGACUACGCCUCCAGCCUGGAGCGCACGCCCCGCAAGGUCAACUGGGCGUUCGAGAGAUCGGCAGCCCCCGGCGGGGUGGAGGAGGACGAAGGCUGGAUGUCAGACACGCAGGGAGUCCGCCCCAGCUCCAGGCCCAGCAGGGAGCUGCAGGAGCUCAUGGAACGAGUCGCCUCGCUUGAGGCGCAGCUGAAAACCACUGCUGCAGAGGGCAAAGGUCAAGCAGAAGAGGGGAAAUGUGCCACCUGGCCGGGGAAGUACAACUCUCUGAUCCAGGCUCAGGCUCGUGAGCUGUCCCACCUCAGGCAGAGGAUGAGGGAGGGGCAGGGGGUCGGCCACAUCCUGACACAACACCUGGGCGACACCACCAAGGCCUUUGAGGAGCUGCUGCGGGCCAACGACGUCGACUACUACAUGGGCCAGUGCUUCAGAGAGCAGCUGGCUCAGAGCAGCGCGCUGGCACAGAGAGUGCUCACCAAGAUCAGCGGACGCGAUGGUGCCGAGAACCUCAAAGACAAAACAGGCCAUGAGCUGCUUGCCUUAAGGCUGAGCAAAGAGCUGCAGCAGAAAGACAAACUCAUCGAGUCGCUCCACACCAAGCUCCAGCAACGUCCCGAGACCCCGUCCAGCUGCCACGCCCUCUCUGAGACCACCGACCAAUCGGACCGCACCUCCCUGGUGUCUGACGAGUACCAGAGCAACGAGGACCUGGAGCUGAGCUCGGACGUGGCCGCCACGGACUUCCAGGAGGAGCGGCGGCUGCGGCUCGCGUCAGAACCAGACGUCCGCCCAUCUCUCCCGCCUCUCCGUGGCCUCCUCAAGGCCUCCAACAGCUGUCCCAGCAUGCUUUGCUCCGCCACUGUAGGUCCUAAAUUUCCUACAGCCCCUUUCAGUGCUCCCCUCUCCUCCCUCUCUGUGUCCUCUGGCCCUGAUGUCUGGGGUUAUGAAGUCACUUCUGACCCCCGGCCCAGGGCCCUGUCUGUUGCCGCUGUUCGCCCAGAGCUGGACAGGCUCUACAGUCGCAUGCUUGAGCAGAACAGGGGCUUUCCAGUUCCCCAGGACGGCACCCUGUUCGGCCUUUCGCCCGGCCCUCAUAACCAACACGACCUCUCAGGCUACAGCCAGCUUUCCCAUCAUGCCUUUCAACACUACCAGCUCGGUGGCAUCCCCGAGGGCCGCUCCGUUAAAUCUGACUCAGGCCUUGUGAGGGGACGGCCUCUGUGGGACCUGGACAGCUCAGUCCAGCCAGCCGGAGCCUUUUCUGGAAACCAAACGGCAAGCGGCCAAACAGGAGUAAAUUUGAUCGAGGAGCACCUCCGGGAGGUGAGAUGUCUCCGUCAGCGCUUGGAGGAGUCCAUUAGGACCAACGAGAGGCUCAGACAGCAGCUGGAGGAGAAACUUGCCUCCACUGGGCGGGAUGGAGGCGCGCCGACAAACAUCUACAUUCAGGGCCUGGACACGGUCACGCAGCUUUCUAACGAGAUCCGGGUCCUGAAAGAGGAAAAUCUCAGCCUACAGUCUCGUCUGCAGGCCAGCGCAGGAACAAACGAGGAGGUGGCGCAGCUGCAGGAGGCUGUGUUCGCGGGCAGGAGCCGCCUGAAGCAGGCCGAGCUGGAGGCCGAGCAGUGGAAGGAGGAGCUGAGACGCCUUCAGGCUCACACUCAGGAGCAGGGCCAGCAGAUCCACGCCCUGAGGCAGGAGCGACAGGCCAACCAGGACAAAACCAACAGGUUACAGCAUGAGAUGUCGCUGCUGCAGCAGCAGCUGAGUGAGAGCAGAGAGCUGAUCCACUCGCUGCAGAGUGAACUGCACGUCUACGACCGAGUGUGCUCCAGCACCAAGGCCAGCAAAGGGUACCUGUGUGAGGUCGCGGAUUUCCCGGUGGAGCUGGGGGAGCUGCUGGGGGAGGUCAGGAGUCUGCGGGCGCAGCUCCAGAGCAGCGUCCAGGAGAGCAGCGCGCUCAAACAGCUGGAGCUCCACAAGCAGCUGGAGCAGAAGCUGGGCGUCGGCUCCCCCCGGGCUCCGUCUCUGUCCGCGCUCACCGCCAGCCCUCAGAGGGAAACCUUCUACAGACGACAGCUGCUGCACGACCCGGCGCCGUCUCCACCGGUCAGGGACAUUGGUCUGUUUAACUGUGGAUCUCCUGGUCCCCCCUACUCAGACCUGGAUGACAGCCAUAGCCCAGCCAAUGACGCUCUUGACCCGCACUCAGAACUGGAAGGGGAGGCGCCCGACGGGUCGUUUGCAAACCGUAACGGUCGCCACGCCAUUGGCCACGUCGACGACUUCAGCGCCCUGCAGCAGCAAGUCCUAGAGGGCCGGAGCCUCAUCCAGCGCAUGGAGACCGCCCUGCAGGCCUGCCUCGGCCCCCCGCUGAUAGAGGGAAAACAGAAAGAGGGCCAAGAGCUGGUUGUAGACUACGGAUGUGUGAAGAGUCUUCUGUCCAACACCAAGACUCUGAGGCAGAUCUUGGAGGAGGCCAUGUCUCUGCUGAAGAUGUUCUGGAGAGCAGCUCUUCCCAACACAGAUCACCCCAUACAAAACCUUAAGAAGGAGCAGUACCUGCAGGAGGAGAUUUUGUCCCUGAAGCUGCGUAUAUCGGAGCAGGAGGAAGUUCUUAAAGGGACAGUGCAAAGACUGAGGAGCACCAGCCGCACCAAGGAGAACAUGGAGCAUUUCAUAGUCAAUCAGUUAUCGCGGACCCGGGAUGUGCUGAAAAAAGCUAGGACUAAUUUAGAGAAGAACGAGCUGAGACUCUCCUCUCUAAGCUCCUCCCCCUCCUCUCCUCCUUCUGCUGAGGACCCUGGAGGCGCUGCCAGAGCACAGCCUCCUGAUCGCGGUUUCCUGAAGAGCAGCAGCUUUCCUGGACUCGCCGGAGCAGAAGCCAAUCAGCGCCUGGCAACGAGGAAGCGGAGCAGCCAGUGUCUGCUUUAGACUUUUAACAAACAAACAAACAAACCUAAGUGCUCCCACCUCUGACCUCUCUGCUUAAACAGAUGCCCCUCCUCAUCCUGCACACCAGCCUACCCCCUCCCCAUUUAACCUGUCCACCUUUCCCUCCGUCCAACCGCCCCGUUCCCUCCUCUGGACAAUACAGUCACCGUAUAAGCUGGACCUCCACCCCCCACCUCCACCUUUGUUAUUGUCUUUGAGUGAAACGGUCAGCAGUUUGCCUUGCCGUGUGUAAGACCGAGGGGCUGAUUGAGAAGUGCUUCUGAAGGUUUCAGGAAGAUGCCUUUGGCUCUGGUUCUGUGAUUGCUAAACGUUCCUAGUGGGUUUCAAAGGCGUUUCAGGUACAGACACGUCUCUCACCUGCACCCACACGGAGAGCCAGGCCGCCUGUGGACAAAGAAGGUUUGUGAGUGUUUAAAAUGGCUUUUUGAGAAGUAUUCUGCACACAGGCGCACGCACAUGCAUUCAUACCGUUUUUGUGUGUGAUCGAACAGUUCAUUCAGAGACAAAUCCGAUUUCCCCUAAAGCUGCCGCCGAAAUGCAACUCUCUUUCUUGUGGUACUAAUGCAAUUAAUAUUUUAUUUUUUUUUUUUUUGUUGCAAGUGCAAUGCAAAGAAAAAAGUGACAUCAACAAUCUCUCAUUAGACAUGCUGCAGGAAUGUACCGUAGUUAGGCUGCGUGUUAGCUGUACUUGUGGACGAAGCUUAUAAACAGCAGGGCAGCCAAUAGCCAAGAGUGUUUGUUGUUGAGUGACGCUACGGCAAAAAUCUCCCAUGCCUCCUUUUUUUUAUGUCCCCAAAGUUUGCAAGAUGACAAAGAUGGGGGAGCUGGGCGUAGCAGAGGAACCAGGCCGAACACACGUACCGACUCCUCAGAGGGGCUUCUCGUACGAGCAUGUGCAAUAACUAUGUUUCUUCAGUAAUUAUGCUGCACUGGAUCACAGUUCACAGCGUUUGCCAUGAUUUUUUAUUUUUUUUUGGACACAACCGGUGUCGUGAUUGUAUUUAUUUCUUGUGUUGACGCAUGACAAGAGAUUGUGCGCGAGGAAAUCUGAGCGUUGGAAUGGAUUCCCUGCCGAUACUUGCCAAAGUUUGAGCCUUUUCACUCUGACUCGCCUCGUCACGCGAUGGAGAAAGCCCGUUAAGUCGGCCGCGGCGAUACCAAGCUGUCUUCUUUUCUUCAUUUUUCACCACAGACAUGGUAACCAUUAGGCAACCUGGUACAUACUCAAAACAUUUUUUGGACCAACACCUGUUUUUAGUCAAGACUAUUUGCUAUUGUCUAUUAAUAUUUCUUUUGUAGUACUCCCAGAGCAAUGGAAAAAAAUAAAUAAAAAUGAAUUCUUACAAAUGAUGCAAACUUUGGCAGGCUCUCGGUUAGGGUCAUUUUCUAUCACAUAUCGCCUAAAACAGUUCAUCUUCCCGUUUGCUUCAGUGUAUUUUUUUUUUGCUGUACAUGAUGCCAUUUUGUGCUGUAAAUAGCAGCUUUGUGUGCAUUUGUGAGUAUGAAAAAUCCAACAUUUGCUUUUUUUGCAAAGGUGAUUAUAUGGGAACCUGUGCAAUAGCUCGUUACGGUUGAUUUUGAUGUUAAACAUCGUUACAGUAUAUGUGUGUUUGCUUACGCCCCUCCUGCAGCGUACGAUUCAUACGCGGUGUGUGUUAGAGGAUUAAGCCACUUUGAACUGAUUAUUUGCAAAGGCUUACACCUGAUAAAUAAUCGCAAACUAUGCCUUCAUGAUAAUGUAUUACGCCGAUCAUGUAUCACCUAUUAUAAAGCUCUAAUUAAUGUUGCUUCGCUUGCCUUUAAGCUUAGCCUGAGAGUUUUGCUCUCAGAAGUAGAAAUGGCCUUGACCAAGCGUCUACUUGGACUUUGUUCUCGCUCAAGUUUUCAGGAAAAAAAAAAAAAAAAGAACAAAAGUUGCCAAGUAUUUCAAAGUUAAAGGGGGAGGUUUUAGGAAUUUUGUUCUGAAAAAUGUCCUCUGAAAUGAUUGUGAAACACUAAAUCAAUAGAGCACCUUGUUAGAGCGUGAACAAAGCAUGUUUUAUUUUUGUUUGUUCUUUUGCUACUUGCUAAUGAGAAGGGAACCAAACAGUGGGUUGUUGUUGGUAUUGAAUUGCAUAUGUAUAUAGUGCUAUCGGAUUGGUGCAGGUUUAUCCUGAGUUUGUGCUUAUUGAACUAGUGGGCCGAUACAGGACUCUGAUGGAUCCUGUGUCUGAUCAGGUGUGUUGCGUCGGAUAAAAAGUUUUAGCAACGAUGAAUUGUGAGAAAGAAUGAAUAAAACACUGUAAACCCUUU